CUGCGCCAUCCGGCAGCUGGCGGGCGCCGAGGGCAGCCAUGCGGGGAGGCCCUUCCGCUCGCGGCCUCCCCGCUCCCGCUCCGGCCCACCCGCCGCUCCCCACCGCAGCCCCCCGGCCCCCCACGGGCCCCCCGGCCAGGCCGGCCGCAGCGGCAGGGCCCCCCUGUCUGAGUGUGCCAGGACAGCGGUGAUGGACACGGAGGGGAACCCACCCCCCCGGGACCCCCAGGACACCGAGCUGCCAGAGGAGACCUCUGCAGCCCACCCCAGCCCACCAGCCUCCGGCAGCGAGCCGCCCGGCCGCCCAGCCAGGCCACGACGGAAAGCACCGACACGUCGACCGGCCAAAACUCCAGGACGCCCGGGCGGCCUGGGACCGCUGAAAGAGCUGCUGGGGCUGCGGGGGGGCCGCCUGCGCCCCACCAUCUGCAGCGAGUGCGGGAAGGGUUUCAGCCGCAGCUCGGACCUGGCGCGUCACCAGAUCACCCACACCGGGGAGAAGCCCUACACCUGCGGCGCCUGCGGUAAAGGCUUCAGCCAAAACUCCAAUCUGGUCACCCACCAACGGAUCCACACCGGCGAAAAGCCCUACGCCUGUGGCGCUUGCGGCAAACGUUUCAGCGAGAGUUCGGCCCUCAUCCAGCAUCAGCGGACCCACACCGGCGAGAAACCCUACAGCUGCGGCGAGUGCGGGAAACGCUUCAGCGUCAGCUCCAACCUCAUCCGCCACCGCCGUACCCACACCGACGAGAAGCCCUACAUCUGCGGGGAGUGCGGGGACGGCUUUCGCCAUAAGUCCCAGCUCCGUCGGCAUCAGAAGCUUCACGCUGCGAUUUGGGGGUGUCAUUGCUGGGGACCCCCAUUUCCAAGGUUUUGCCCUCAUUUUUGUUCGCCGAGCGGAAAAAAGCAUCCGGCUCGCGGCGAGGCGGCAGCAGGGCCGGGGGAAUGGGAUGACGCUGGGACCUUCCUGUUCCCGGCCUCCCCCGAACGCCAACCUCGCGCCCGGGGGGCCAGCGCCAGCCCUUGCACCCCCAAAUCCCUCACCCGGGACACCCCCCCCCCAAAACCCUUCGCCAUCCCCUUCCCAGACCCCAUCGCGCCGCCCCAUCCUUCGGCCUGGGAGAGAUCUCACAGGGUCAAGUCCAGAGCAGCAGCGGGACCCCCCGAGACCCCCGGGAGCCCAGGACAGCGGGGUCGGCCGGCUGCCCCCAUGGAGCAGGAGGAGCCCUGUGUGGUGGAGCUGCACGACUCGGACGAGGGGGACAUGGUCCGGAGGGUCUACAUCGCUGAUGACGGCAUUGUGAGCGACUGUGAGGAUGAGGUCCUGCCCCACGAGAUCAUCCAGACCGUCAUCCCCCACAGCCCCCUGGCCCCCAAACCCAAGAAACGAGGGGGGCAGCCCAGCUCCGGUGCCGCGACAUCGGCGGGAGGCUACGGCGAGGAAGAGGAGGGGGAAGGCGUAGGGGGAAGGCACCGGGGCGGCCGUCAGCGUCCCUUUAUCUGUAACGAGUGCGGGAAGAGCUUCAGCCACUGGUCGAAGCUGCUGCGGCAUCAGCGGACUCACACUGGGGAACGGCCCAGCACCUGCGGGGAGUGCGGCAAGAGCUUCAGCCAGAACUCGCACCUGGUUCAGCACCGUCGGACGCACACCGGGGAGAAACCGUAUCGCUGCGGGGACUGCGGCAAGAGUUUCAGCUGGAGCUCCAACCUCAUCCAACACCAACGCAUCCACACCGGGGAGAAGCCCUACACCUGCGGGCAGUGCGGGAAGAGUUUUACCCAGAGCAAGAACCUCAUCAAACACCAACGCACCCACUCCGGCGCUCGGCCGCAUCGCUGCGGGCAGUGCGGUCGCGGUUUCGCCCAAAGCACCAAUUUGCUGAAACAUCAGCGGGUUCACGCUGCCCGCGGUCAACCCUCGCCCUGCCCGGAGUGCGGGCAGAGCUGCCGCGACGGGGCAGAGCUGGAGCGGCACCGGGCGCAGGCCCACGGCCACGAGCCCUACAUCUGCGUGGAGUGCGGGGAGAGCUUCGCCAAGAGCGCCACGCUCAACCGCCACAAGCGCGUGCACAAGCCCCUCUUCGUCCGCUGAGGUGCGAGGAGAGGGGGGGGCGACACACGACAUAGGGA